AUGCCAGUCUCAUCAUUCGUCGAGCUAACACACCCUGAGAAUCCCAAAACCUCCUGCAGAAUCUCCCAUCAGGGUGCCACAGUCGUUUCGUGGAAGGUUGAAAACAAGGAACAGAUCUGGACAGAAGAUGCAGCUGGGGGGAUCCCUCUCGUGUUUCCCGUCUACGGCAGAUCCAAAGGCUCGCGAGAAAGUGGAUUCUCCAGAAAUGCCACUUGGAGGUAUGUGGGUGAAUGCCCCUCUGCUAACCCUACGGUUCAGCUCCAGCUUCAGUCAAAAGAUGUGGACCCGUCAGUGGUGGCUCAUUGGAGCAGGGGGGCCGAAUUCACCCUUCUCCUCACGGUUUGCUUGCAACCAACCAAAUUAUCACUUUCGAUUGAGGUGCUCAACGCUGGAUCCGUGCCGUUUUCAUUCCAUUGGCUCUUCCAGAACCACUUGCGUGUUCCUGACAUUACCGAUGUGGUGGUGAACAACUUGCCAGGCCAGCACGUUCACGAUUUGGUUCUCGAUGCACACUAUGUCGAGCAGUCCCCUAUGAUUGGGUUCACGGAGGAGGCCGAGAGGGUAUAUGAGUGUGUACACACACGGAUCCCGGUCCAGGUGAUUGAGUUUGGGAAACCGGUGAUGGAGGUGGACAGGCACAAUCUUCCGGAUGUGGUGUUGUGGACGCCGUGGGCGGCCAAAAAAGGGUGGCAGGCUUUAGUGGGGGUCCAAUCCGGGCACAUUCACAAAUGGAUCGAGUUGAAGGCAGAGGAGAGGUGGCUGGCGACGCAAAUAUUGGAAAAGACCGACGAGAUCAAGAUGGUGGCAUUGUAG